GAUGAAUCCAAAGUAAAUACUCACUGACUGACGGUGGUUAUAAUGUAAUGCCAAAUCGGUAUGUAACAUGGAGUCCGUGUGCAAUAAAUACUUUGGCCACUGGGUGGCAGCACAUGCAAACACGUGAACGUCCUCUUUACACAACGUCGUUACAAAACACUGCAUGCGACUUCUAUGUAACAGGCUUUGUGUCUCAAGCUUACAUGAUCACAGUGUCUCACAGAAGGAAGGAGCAUUUUUUUAAGAACUAUGAGGUCCAUCAUCUGUAUGUCAGCGUCUGUCAGGACGGCAUGCCAGCAAGCCUCUGUGUGUUUUCCUCUGUACCGUGGCCUCAGUCUCUGCAACUCUUCAGAAAGACUCACAGACAUUGAAUUUGUCAGUAAAACUGUCAUUGCGGAACAGCCACGCAUAAUCGAUCCGCGCUAUUUCCAAAGAGAAAAUACGCGGCCCGCCGCAGCUGGCGUUGCCCUGCUCCACAAGGUUCCAGCAACUGCAACCCGACGCAAUGAAGCGACCCCCUGCCACACUGAUGCGCACUUGGCACACAGACCUGCAGAGAGAGCAGCCCAACACCUCUCUUCAUACACACCCUACGCCAAAGCACAGAGAGGCGCAGCUGCACAUGUAAACAUCCAGUCUCUGUUUGAAGAGGAUGUCAUCACCGAGUUGUGCUCCAAGCUGGCAGACUUUCCAAUCAAUGACAGAGCAGAGGGCCUGGCCACUUUACUGCAAGCAUGUGUUGAGUUUGGCUUGGAGGCCCAGAGCCCUCCAGUCCUGAUCCUGGUGAAAGAGUGCCUGGAGCUGCUUCCCAGCAGAGAUGUCGGGGUGACACAGCUCUGCCAACUAGGAAAGGUGGCGUGUGCCCUGGAAGGCCGUGGUUCCGGCCUGGUGACAGAGGUCAUGAACUCCAUCAGCUGCGCUGUAGAGGAUGCUGUCUCUCCCAGUGAGGCUGCAGCAGUUUACUCCCUGCUGACAGCGUUAUAUGAGCCCAGCUGCCAGCAGCAAGCACUGAUGCUGUCUGUCCUGCACAGACAAACUCAAAGACAGAUCCACAGGCUGAAAUCCAGCCAAGUCAGUGACAUUCUGCAAUGUCUGCUGAAAUUAAAGCAGAAACAGACCAUUUCCUUGGCGCUGAGGCUGAGUCACAGAGCGUCACAGGUCUUUACAGCUUUCAGUGAUGAUGAAAUAAUCAAGGUGCUCUCCACUCUAAUGACUCUGGGGCAACAUGAUGGAGAACUCCUGGCUGCUAUGGAGAAACAUCUACCUGAGAGGCUGGGAACGUGUGAUCCAGAGCUCAUCAGUAAGGUCAUGGAGUACUGUUUGCAAAUGAGGUGCCGCUCUGAGCCCAUUUUUGAGGCUGUGGCUGAGAACUUUGUGUGCAGUGCUGAGAGCCACACCGACACACAGAUCGCCAAACAGGUUGUUGCUAUUGGCCGACUCAACUACCUGCCACAGUGUUCCAGUCAGAUGUUCAAAAAGCUGGAGGACGUUUUGACGAGCAGAUUUUCCCACCUCCACCCUCGCUCUCUACUGGAUAUGCUGCACGCCUGCAUUCACCUGGAGCGCUUUCCUCUCAACUACAUGAACAACAUCUUUAGCCCUUACUUCCUACAGAAGCUGCAAGACAAGGGCGAACCUGUGGACAAGAACGCUUUGGGACAACUGACACAGCUUCAUCUCUCUGCCUCACUAGAGUGUACAUACUACUGGGGUCCCAGACUUCCCUUCUCUCUCCAUGUGAAGAAGUUUUCCUCUUUGGACCAGGCCUUUGAGAGCCCUAUGGAGACAUCGCUCUACAGACAGGUCAAAGGUCCACUUAUGCAGCUGCUGGGGGGUACAUUUUUCAUUACCAGAGUUUUUACCCCCAUUGGAUACACUGUAGAUGUAGAGAUUUGUCUGGAUGAGAAUGGAUUCAUUCUUCCCCAGUCUCAGUGGGAACACACAUACAAAAGAAUUGCACUGUGCUUGGAUGGGCAAAGCCGGUUCUGUACCAACACACGACACCUGCUGGGGAAGGAAGCCACAAAGAGGAGACACCUUCAUAGGAUGGGGUAUGAGGUGGUGGAGAUCCCUUACUUUGAAUUUGAGAAUCAGAGAACUCAGGAGGAGCAGGUCCAAUAUCUUCAUGACAAGAUCUUUCCUGCUGUCUCCAAAUUCAGAUUAGGUCAUCUUACAAGUUAAAAACAAAUGUAUCCAUGCUGUGCCUGUUACAUAAACCACACUAAACUGCACUGACCGGAGAGCAUUUACAACUGAUAAUUAUAAAAAAAGAGAGGGAUUCGUAGUGGUAAAUAAACAAAAAAGGGAGAAAGAAACAGGGUUUGCACUUUUUUAGAGGCUAUUUAUUGGCUUGCUUUUAACCUAAACUGUACAUACCAACUAGCCUUACAUUCAGCACAAUAAUGUAUUUAAAUAUUAUAAAUCUCAUAUCUUUAUUUUUUCGAGGAAGACUUGCAGUUGGAGUAUUUCCAGUCUUCUUCUAUUACUGUACAAGUGACACUUGAACUUCAUGGAUUGUUAUAAACAUUGUUAUGUGAAAUGC